UAAAACUUGUUCAUAAUUUAGGCUGUAUAUACCAAUAGAUAGCAGUGUAUAGUUGCAUAUUGUAUUAUAUGUACCUCAACCACUGACAAACUUAAAAAGAACAUUUUAAGAGAUAUUGGUAAGAGUACGAUGAUUUAUUUUCAGUUGCAAUCGGUCAGCGUGAAAUUCAACUUGUACAAGAUGUAUAAUUCUUUUGUAAUAGGAUGCAAUGGAGGAUGGACAGCCAUCGCUAAAACUGGUGCUGACGGAACAGAAAUAUCUGGAAGUAAACGAGACCUUGUCGAUCGUCUUGUAGCUGGAGAUGAGAUCAGAAUUUCAUUGAACGAUAAUAAAUAUUUAACAUCGAUACAGUCAGCAACCUUGACUGAAAAUGAAAAUGUUUGUGUUCAAGCUCUUUUCCAACUUAGUCGCUCGGCUGUAUAUGACAACUUCGAUAGCGAUAUACACUGGGAGUUUUUAAAAGUAUGUACAACUGGCACCGUCCAUAUUUCUAAAUGGUCCGUUGGUGAACAUACCAAUAAGGGCCGAGAAACAUCAACAUCUGAUGUCGUAUGGUAUGUGAGAUCACAGACCGGUCAGAAACGUGUUUUUUGCAAUACGUAUACAGGCGUGAGGAUAUGCGGUGACAAGUCGGAGUUGGUGCACGCAGUAUACCUUGGCGCUAGUGUUCAAAUUGUAAGCCUAAGUGAUGGAUUCAUAACCAAAAUCACAAGAGUUGAAGUGUCAAGUGAUAGCGCGUCUGUAUACGGACAAUACCCAUGGCGUCUUGGACAAUUGAAAAUAGGCUUUUAUCCAAAUGUUUUUUGGCUGUUAACGAUAUGGUCAACUACAGGCAAAAUUCAAAAUUCUGAAUGGCUUGUUGGGGAGCAUAGUAGGCGCCGUAUUAAUUAUGGAAAUAGUGACAACAUGGAGUGGCUUGUGGAUGGUUGCUGGACACGGAUUUAUAGUCAUGACGGAUUUGGACAAAAAAUGUCUGGUUCUUUAGAACUGCUUGUUAAAGCUGUUUUGGCAGGCAAAAGAGUCCGAGUAAAGAUAAAUUCGUAUAUAACAGAAGCAGAUAAUCUUUAUGUAAGGAAUGGUCAGGUUUCUGCUCAACUUUUAGGACAAUAUUCAAAAAAUGCUGCAUAUGAAUUUCCAACUGAUGUGUAUUGGGUCUGGCAAAUUGCAUCAACAACAGGUGAUGUCGAAACAGUGAGGUACAAUAUUGGAAGCACUGUAAACAAAAUGACGUCGAAUGACAAAGAAUCCAUUACGUGGUUUGUUGAAUCUAGACCCUGGUCAAAGGUACUUACCACUUCUAGCUCUGGCAUUGCUACAUAUGGAUCUAAAGCUAACCUGAUUUCUUCUCUACAACGUGGAUAUUUGCUUCGUUUAGUAGUUUACGAAGAAGAAGAUUCUUAUAGCAUUAUAGAGGCUGAUAACAUAUCCAUUCCAAGCUCUGAAGUCGCAGUACAGUCUGUAAGGUAUAUCAGCGAUGAAAACGGAAGUGGGGGGAUUCCGAGGCGGUUUAAGUCCCCUGCCUAUUGGAAAUUUACUUUGACGUCAACAAACGGAAACCAGCAGGCUGCUUGGUGGAAGGUUGGGGAACACUCGUCACUUCCGGCUACCAUAGAAAAUUACCAAGUGGAUUGGAUUGUAGGUUAAGAACCAAGUUUAGAAUUUUAAUUUUAUACCUUGAUAUCAAUUUUUGUUCAAAAUUGCGUGACGAUUAACUAGGAAUAAACGGCUUGGUCAGGUUAUACGUGUACUAUUGAACAAUCAAUGUCACGAUCUUUAAAACAUGUGAAAAUGGAAAUGUACACUGAAUAUAAAUGUCAUGAA